AUGGCUCCUGAUGCAACUACAAGAACUGAAAAUAGUUCUACAAUUUGUAAUAAGGGUGGAGAUGGAUUUCAAGUGGGGAAGAGAAAGGUGAAGACCAAGUUGACAGCAACCGCUAAAUUUUUAGCUGCACAGUAUAAUGUUUUUGGACUGAGAAAUCCAGGUCCGUGUGUAAAGUGUGGAAAUACUUAUUGGCGUGAACGAGAUGCUGUAUAUGAGCAUCUUAUUUGCUACGUGUUUGUCAAAAGUUAUAAAAGAUGGAUCAAUCAUGGGGAACCAAUAAUCUCAAUAGUUGUGGAACGUGACAUGGAUGAUCGAGGCAGCUUUGAUAAAAUUGAUGGGUUGCUGCGUCAUGCAUUCGGAGAUAUGGCAAAUCUUAAAGAGGGAAACAGCGGGUUGAAUAAAGAUGCGAAGCGAUUUUAUAAGUUGAUAGAUGAAGCAGGUCAAGAAUUAUAUCCGAAUUGUACUAUUAGAUUUUUGAGAUUAUCGUUUAUCAUUCAUCUCUACCACUUGAAGUGUUUACAUGGUUGGAGUAACACAUCUUUUACCUCCCUCUUGGAGUUAUUAAAAGAAGCUAUACCUGAUUUGAACAUUCCCACUUCUUUUAAUAAAGCUAAGAAUAUGAUUAAAGACUUGGGCCUUGACUAUGAAAAAAUUGAUGCAUGUCCUAAUGACUGCAUGCUAUAUCGGAAUGAGUACAUAAAUGACUCAAUUUGUCAUAUCUGUGGAGAGUCUCAAUAUAAUCUGACUCCUACUAUGGAUGGCAAUGAAGAUGACUUUGUGCUUCCAAAUAAAGUUUAUAAGGUUGCUGUGAAGACCCUAAGAUACUUUCCUUUAAUACCAAGGCUUAAAAGGCUUUUUAUGUGCCCAAACACAGCAGAGGCAUUGAGGUGGCAUGAUGAGCAGCGUUUGAAAGACGGUUGCAUAAGGCACCCUUCUGAUGGUCAAGCAUGGAAGAACUUCGAUAGUCGGUACCCAAACUUUUCAAAAGAACUUCGAAACUUGAGGCUUGGUUUGGCAAGUGAUGAUUUUAAUCCUUUUCAAACUAUGAACGUGGCACAUAACACAUGGCCAAUUGUCUUAAUGGUGUACAACGUUUCCCCGUGGAUGUCCAUGAAGUCAGAAUAUUGCAUGUUCUCUUUACUCAUACCUGGACCUUGUUCACCAGGAAAUAAUAUUGACAUUUUUUUGCAACCAUUGAUUGAAGAGCUGACGGAGCUAUGGGAGUUAGAGAUAGAUACAUAUGACUCUUUCAAAAAAGAAACUUUUCGAAUGUAUGCUGCACUUCUUUGGAAAAUCAAUGAUUUUCCAGCGUAUGCCAUGUUGUCUGGUUGGAGUACCAAAGGGAAGUUGGCUUGCCCAUGUUGUAACCAUGAUACUUCUUUUUGUUAUUUGAAACAUAGCCAAAAGACAAUUUACAUGGACCAUAGGAGAUUUUUGCCAGUUGAUAACGCAUGGAGCUCUAACAAGAGAUCUUUUAAUGGAAAAACUGAAUUCAGGGAUCCACCACGAAUGUUAACCGGUGAAGAGGUUCUAGAUAUGAUAAAGUACAACCUUGAUGUAAUGCAUAUAGAAAAAAAUAUAGUCGAUAGUAUAGUUGGUACCUUAUUGGAUAUUCCUGGAAAGACGAAGGACCAUGUAAAGGCUCGUUAUGAUCUUAAGGAGAUGGGCAUUCAAAAGAAUCCUCACCCAACAAAUACAAAGGAUGGCAAAAGAACUAAACUUGCUAGAGCAUGCUUCUCAAUGACCAAAGGGGAGAAAUCCAUUUUUUGUGGUGUUUUGAAGAAAACAAAAUUGCCAGAUGAAAGUGCUUCAAACAUUUCUCGUUGUGUACAACAAGAAGAGAGAAAGCUUUACUGUUAUAAGACUCAUGAUGCUCACUUUAUGUUGCAUUACCUGUUGCAAAUACCAAUCAAGAGCAUUCUUCCAGAUCAUGUUGCUAUUCUUCUAGUUCGCUUGUGUUCCUUUUUUCGUCAGCUAUGUCAAAAGGAAAUAUUUUUAGAAGGGAUUAAUGGUGUAGAUUCAAAGAUUGUAGAGACUUUGUGCCAAUAUUUACAUGAGGGAGUGAAAACAAGAUUCAACAGAGUAUCUCGGAAUAAUGAUGAAGGCACUUCAAACAAAGAUCCUGAUUCAAAUUUGUUCACAAACAAGGAAAUUCCAUUGGGUGAAAAAAAAGGGCAACUAAUUAUUUUGGAUGAGAAGUCACUCCUUCAAGCUAAUGCAUAUGUAUUGAACAGUUGUGUUAAUAUGGAGCCUUACAUUAGAGAAUAUGGUGAGCAACAAAAGCAAGCCAAGCGGAAGCGAAAGUGGAACAUUGUUAAAGAUCAAAAUGAAGACUUUAUAGAAUGGUUUACAGGACGUGCCAUAAAGGAUGAUGAUAAGGUUAUAAAAUCAUUUUCUGCUUAUGUCGUCAAUGGGUACAGAUUUCAUACUAAGUGGCGAGAAGUGAUGCGAAAAAUGCAAAACAAUAGUGUCACUGUGGUGGCUGAAACUACAAGCUUUGCUAGGACCAGAUGGCGCCUCGUGGAUGUGGUCGAGGCUGUGAGAGAGGUCGUACUAGCUGCUAUGCAGGCCACUGCGGAGGCUCUUAGGCAAUAG